GAUCUUUAGCCAUGUUUGUAAAGCUUUUGAUAUUAAUAGUUUAUAGUCUAAGAAAGUUUGCAGACAGUGAAGAUACUGGAUUCACUUACACUGGGUUCAGGUCUGCAAACCUUAGCCUAGAUGGCUUAGCAGAGCUCACUUCCAAUGGCCUUUUGAAGCUAACAAAUUCCUCUAGGCUAAAGACAGGCCAUGCCUUUCACCCAAUUCCGAUUAGGUUCAAGAACACAUCAACUGCUUGGGCUCUCUCUUUCUCGACUACCUUUGUGUUUGCCAUAGUCCCGGAAUACUCUACUUUGGGUGGUCAUGGCUUGGCCUUUGCAAUUGCACCAAAAAGGAGCCUUCUGGGAGGUCUUCCAGCCCCCUAUAUUGGCCUUCUCAAUGACACAACUAAUGGUAACCUCACAAACCAUCUCUUUGCAGUUGAGUUUGAUACUUUGUUAAGCCGCGAGUUUGAGGAUAUCAAUGAUAACCAUGUUGGGAUCAACAUAAAUCAAAUGAAGUCCCAAGUUUCAAAACCAGCAGGUUAUGUUGGUAAUGGUUCUUUGCCUCAGAACUUGAGUCUGAUCAGUGGGGAGCCAAUGCAAGCUUGGGUGGAGUAUAGUGGUCCAAAGAAGCAAAUUAAUGUUAGUUUAGCACCUAUAAAUGUACCCAAACCAAAAAUUCCUCUGUUGUCUUUGUCCUAUGAUCUUACUCCAAUCAUAGGCCAAACCAUGUACCUCGGGUUUUCAUCCGCAACGGGGUCUAUAACCUCAAUCCACUAUGUUCUGGGGUGGAGCUUCAGGGUAAAUGGCGUGGCCGAAGCGCUUGAGAUCUCUCGACUUCCAAAUCUGCCUCGAUUGGGAUCCAAGAAGAGGUCUGAGUUUUUGUCAAUUGGUUUGCCUGUGAUUUUGCCUGUUUCUAUUCUAGCAGUGAUUUUAGGUGCAGCUUAUUAUGUAAUGAUUAAAAAGAAGUUUGCAGAAGUGCUUGAAGAUUGGGAGCUUGAGUAUGGGCCUCAUAGGUUCAAGUACAAAGAAUUGUACACUGCCACUAAAGGAUUCAAAGAGAAGGAGCUUUUAGGGACUGGGGGCUUUGGGAGAGUCUAUAGAGGAGUGUUGCCUAAUUCAAAAAAUGAGAUUGCUGUAAAGAAAGUCUCCCAUGAAUCAAGACAUGGGAUGAGGGCAUUCAUUGCUGAAGUAGUUAGUAUGGGGAGGUUAAGUCAUAGGAAUUUAGUUCCACUUCUAGGCUAUUGCAGGCGCAAAGGAGAGUUGCUCUUGGUGUACGAAUACAUGCCGAAUGGAAGUCUUGACAAGUAUUUGUUCGACAAGCCGAAAUCAUCCCUCAAUUGGAACCAAAGGUUUCAAGUAAUCAAAGGAGUAGCAUCGGCGCUAUUCUAUCUACACGAAGAAUGGGAGCAGGUGGUGGUUCACAGAGAUAUAAAGGCCAGUAACGUCUUGCUAGAUAGCGAGUGGAAUGCAAGGCUAGGAGAUUUCGGGCUAGCUAGAUUGUACGAUCAUGGAACUGAUCCUCAGACUACGCAUGUAGUGGGAACUCUUGGGUACCUUGCCCCGGAGCACAUUAGAAAAGGCAAGGCCACAACUAGCUCCGAUGUGUUCGCUUUUGGAGCAUUCUUGCUUGAAGUUGCAUGUGGCAGAAGGCCUAUAGAGCCCGCAGCCCCAAAUGAGGAUGAUCUUUUGGUAGAAUGGGUAUUUUCUUGGUGGAGUAGAGGUGAGAUCUUGCAGGCUAUUGAUCCCAAACUUGGGCUCAAUUAUGUUACCAAAGAAGCAAACUUGGUUUUAAAACUUGGGCUAUUGUGUUCUCUUCUAGACCCAACGUCUAGGCCAAGCAUGCAACAAGUGGUUUUGUACUUGGAUGGUUCUAUGGUACUUCCAGAGUUAUCAUCACUUUCCCUUUCCACAGCAGGCCUAAUAGUUGGUCAGAGCGAAGGUUUUGAUGAUUUUGUUGGGUCCCUUUCAUCCUCCGGAGAAAGGAGAAGCGCAUAUUGCUCCUCUGUCGCAAACUCUAUUCUCUCUGGAGGCCGCUGAUUAUGUGUAAUGAUGGUCAAUACGGGAUAAUAUUCUUAGUUUGGUGUUUAUGGAAUUGCUGGUUAAUAGUUAGCUAGCAUCUUAGUUUUUUUGUGUUUGUAAAAUUUGGAGUCAUAUCUGUUGUCCUUAAUGUAAUAUAUAAACUUUAUUAAGUUA